GCCGGAUCGAGUUUGCAGCUUUCCCCUCAAGUGUUUGAACUGUGAGUGACUCGCAAGAGACGCGGAGGAUAUUUAUUAACAAUUCAUCUUGAAGCCGCUUUCUGUGGAUUUCUGGAUUUUUAUUGGGAGAUUUGCUGCUUCUGCUGAGAGGGAGAAAGCCUACGACUCCUGAGGAAAUAAUGACUUCCUACGUGGACCUGCUUUUCAAACAGGUUUUGAUGAAAAAGCCUUCAGAGAGAAGCCAGCAGGAUUUAGAAAUAAUAUACUCUCACCUCCAUGGCAUGGAUGUACUAUCUAAUUUGAGGGAGCACCAACUCAGAUUGAUGUGCACAACAGUACGUUAUGAAAAGCAUGAUGCCAAUGAAGUCUUGUUUUAUCCUGAUAGUAUUGCAACUUGCUGGUAUAUCCUACUCUCAGGAUCUGUAUUUACCAAAGAGUCGAUGUUUCUGCCGCAAUGCAGUUUUGGCAAACAGACUGCAGGAAGCCUGAGACGAGGCUGUGAAUGUAUCGUUUUGGAAACUUCAGAAAUGAUUGUGGUUGAAAAUGUCAGCGAGAAUGAGGAGAAAAAUCUACAGAGGGAAGUUACCAACCGGCAGUCUCGUCGGCGCUUCAGGAAGAUCAAUCUGAAAGGAGAGCGGCAAACGAUCACAGACAAUGUGGAUUCCUACUAUACUGACCGACCUCAGCAGACCAGCACUUAUCACAUGCUUCCUGCAGAUCUUUCCAAGAUGCACCUCACAGACAAUCCACAUCCACAGGUGACACAUGUCCCUUCCAGCCAGUCCGGGUGCAGUAUUGCCAGUGACUCUGGGAGCAGCAGCCUGUCGGAUAUCUAUCAGGCUACAGAGAGUGAAAUGGGGGAUGUGGAUCUUACUGGUCUUCCGGAGACAGCUGUAGACUCUGAAGAAGAGGAAGAAGAUGAAGAAGACAUUGACCGAGCAUCUGAUCCACUGAUGGGCAGGGAUGUUGUUAGGGAGUGUUUGGAGAAGGACCCAGCAGACCGAACUGAUGAUGACAUUGAACAACUGCUGGAGUUCAUGCAUCAGCUCCCUGCUUUUGCCAACAUGACUAUGUUUGUCAGGCGCGAACUAUGCUCGGUCAUGAUCUUCGAGGUAGUGGAACAUGCAGGAGCAAUAAUAACUGAUGAUGGAAAAGAGCUGGAGUCCUGGUAUGUUAUUCUAAACGGUUCAGUGGAAAUCAUCGACUCCCAUGGAAGAUCUGAAAUACUUUGCAUGGGAAACAGUUUUGGUAUUUCCCCCUCCUUAGAGAAACAAUACAUGAAAGGAAUUGUUAGGACCAAAGCAGAUGAUUGUCAGUUUGUAAGUAUAGCUCAGCAGGAUUACUGCCGGAUUCUGAAUCAAGUGGAGAAGAACACUCACAAGGUUGAGGAGGAAGGGGAGAUAGUAAUGGUGAAAGAGCAUAGAGAACUGGAUCGUAGUGGAACAAGGAAAGGACACAUAGUUAUAAAGGGAACACCAGACAGACUCAUUAGGCAUCUCGUUGAAGAGCAUUCCAUUGUGGAUCCCACGUACAUAGAGGAUUUCUUGUUAACAUGCAGAACGUUUCUGUCAGGCCCUAUGGAAGUUGGAGAAAAAUUGCUGGAGUGGUUUAACGUUGAUAGCCUUAGGGACAAGGUAACGAGAGUUGUGCUCUUGUGGGUGAACAAUCACUUCAAUGAUUUUGAAGGAGAUCCUGCCAUGACCAAUUUUCUUGAGGAAUUUGAAAAUAAGUUAGAAACUGCAAAAAUGAAAGGACAUCUCAGGUUGUUGAAUAUCGCUUGUGCUGCAAAAGCCAAAUGGAGGCAGAUAACUUUGCUAAAACCUUCUCGAGAGUCCCCAUUAUACUUUAGCCUGCUUGGUGGCAGCGAGAGAGGAUUUGGUAUCUUUGUGGAAAGUGUGGAGGCAGGCAGCAAAGCUGCUGAAGCUGGACUUAAGCGAGGUGACCAGAUUAUGGAAGUAAAUGGACAGAACUUUGAGAAUAUCCAAUACACAAAAGCACAAGAAAUUCUGAGGCAUAACACACAUCUAUCUAUCACAGUGAAAACCAACAUAUUUGUUUUUAAGGAAUUACUAAAUAGGCUAAUGCAGGAGAAAAAAAAUGGAGUUCCUCAUAUUCCUAAAAUUGCAGAAAAAAAAGGAAAUCGUUAUUCACAUCCAGACUUGCACAGAGAUGUGGAACAAAUGUUUCCUUCUGAGAAGGGCAACAAGAAGAUAAAAGCCAACACAGUAUCAGGUGGCCGAAACAAAAUCCGGAAAAUACUUGACAAGACACGUUUCAGCAUCUUGCCACCAAAGCCAUUCAGUGAUGCUGGAGUGAGUCAGUCGCAGGAUGACAGCAUUGUUGGAACAAGGCAGUUCAGGCACAGUGUUGCUAUAAUGCCCUUCCCUGGAACACUUUCCUCUAGUAGCCCUGACUUGUUGCAACCUGCUACUAGCAUGCUUGAUUUCACAAAUCCUACAGACGUGCCAGAUCAAGUCAUCCGAGUCUUUAAGGCAGAUCAGCAAAGUUGUUAUAUCAUCAUAAGCAAAGAUACCACUGCAAAAGAAGUUGUUGCCCAUUCUGUCCAUGAAUUUGGUCUGACUGCCCCACCCGAGACCUACUCACUCUGUGAGGUUUCUAUAAGCCCUGAAGGUGUCAUCAAGCAAAGGAGACUUCCUGACCAGUUAUCUAAGCUAGCUGACCGGAUCCAGCUGAAUGGCAGGUACUAUCUGAAGAAUAAUAUGGAAACAGAGACUCUUUGCUCAGAUGAAGAUGCCCAGGAAUUAUUGAGGGAAAGUCAAAUAUCUCUGCUACAACUUAGCACUAUUGAGGUAGCCACUCAGCUUUCAAUGCGAGACUUUGAAUUGUUCCGUAAUAUUGAACCCACUGAAUAUAUAGAUGACCUGUUCAAGAGAGAGUCAAAAACUGGAAAUGUACAUCUCAAGCAGUUUGAGGAUGUUAUCAAUCAGGAGACAUUCUGGGUUGCCACUGAGAUUUUGAAGGAAACUGUUCAGUGGAAACGGAUGAAGAUAAUUAAACAUUUCAUCAAAAUUGCCCUGCACUGCCGAGAAUGCAAGAACUUCAAUUCCAUGUUUGCAAUCAUCAGUGGGCUAAACCUUGCACCAGUUGCACGCCUGAGAGGCACUUGGGAAAAACUGCCAAGCAAAUACGAAAAGCUGCUUCGGGACCUUCAAGAUCUCUUUGAUCCUUCAAGAAACAUGGCAAAAUAUAGAAAUGUUCUCAGCAGCCAGAGUCUGCAGCCACCCAUCAUUCCACUGUUCCCUGUGGUCAAAAAAGAUCUCACUUUCCUGCACGAAGGAAAUGAUUCCAAAGUGGAAGGUUUGGCAAACUUUGAGAAACUGCGGAUGAUUGCAAAGGAGAUUCGACAUGUUGUCCGUAUGACCUCAGUUAACAUGGAUCCUGCUGUAAUGUUCAGAAAUAGGAAGAAGAGAUGGAGGAGUUUGGGGUCAUUAAGUCAAGGCAGCACAAACUCCAAUGUGCUAGACUCAGUGCAAGGUGGGGGACACAAGAAGCGAGUGCGCCGCAGCUCCCUGCUCAAUGCCAAGAAGCUUUAUGAAGAUGCACAGAUGGCUCGAAAGGUGAAGCAGUAUCUCUCAAACUUAAAUGUUGAGACUGACGAAGAGAACAUCCAAAUAAUGUCACUGCAGUGUGAGCCUGCCUAUAGCACAUUAAGCAAGACUUUUGGAGAGAGGCGAUCAUAUAAAAGCUCAGAUAUGUCUCCAGGAACUAUGAGGUCAUGCGGUCAACCAGGAAAACACCAGCCACAGCAAAGAAUGAACCAAGCCCUCCAAGUGCCAUCUUUGCACUCUUCACGCAAGAAAGUGCCAGCUGCGCCAUUUGGUACUAAUUCUCCACAGUCCUUGAAGAAGGCUCUAGUCGUGUCUAAUGAAAUGCAAGCAGAUAGAAGCAAGAAAAAUGCUGAAGAUGCAGUGUCAACCACAUCUUCUCAACUUUCUUCGCCUCCUGUAUCUCCUCAGAGCUCUCCCCGCAAAGCUUUGGUCCUGGCUCCGAUUACAAGAAUCGACAAUUUCUCUGACUCAAGUCACAGUGAGAUCUCGUCGCGCUCCAGCAUUGUCAGCAAUUGCUCUGGUGACUCCAUGUAUACUGCUAUGCCGGAUGAGAGAUGUUUGCCACAAUCCCACAGCGUCCCAGAUACAGUGGAAGCAGCUGGAGGGAGACAUCUGCAACCAGUAGCCAGAUCCAUACAACCUUAUACAAGUUCUUCUGUAAUUUUAAGUACUGAAAAGCGAGGGUGCCUGGUUAUGGAUACAGCAGUUACAUCUUCAAGUAAUGAAGAGUUGGCCCAUGAACACAAUGAUCACAUCUCAAUUGAUGCAGCGGACAGUGGCCGUGGAAGCUGGACUUCCUGCUCCAGCAGCUCCCAUGACAACUUCCAGACAAUCCAAAAUCAAAAAAGUUGGGACCUACUAAAUACAUCUAAAUAUACUCAUACUUUAGAUGGACCAAUUGCAGAAAUUGAACUGACACACUCUUGGACCACAGGCUGUCAUUUAAGCUCUGGAGACCUGACUAAAAGUACUUGUCCGAUUCAGUCUAAAGACACCAUUGAAUGUGUUCAUUCCAGGGAAAGCUGGACGCCUUCAACAAAUUCUCAUUUGGACAAGUUUGAAAUGGAUUGUGGGACUGCAAAACGAAUAGGCUUGCAUGAGACUACAGUUGAAGCAUCUGGACGCAAUGCAAGUGUUUCAAACUCUAAGCCGAACAUUGACCCCUUUUACAAAGCUGUUACUUCAAGCACAGAAAAGGGUCUGAUUGUGUAUUGUGUUACUGCAGCGCAAAGGGAUGGUAGAUAUAGAGAGCCACCACCCACUCCUCCGGGAUACGUGGGAAUUCCAAUAGCAGAUGUUAAGGAAGGAGGACACCACCAUCCACGCUUAAAACCUCCAGACUAUAACGUGGCAUUGCAAAGGUCACGGAUGGUAACACAGACGUGUGACCCAACUAGACUGUCGCCGGUUCCCAUUGCUAACCAACCUACAUCAAGCAACCAGCCUAAAGCUCUGGGCCUACCUCAGUGGCACAAAAUCUCUGAGUCCAACCCUAGACUAGUACAGCUUAACCAUCAGGAUCUUCAAGAUAACGAAGAUGAUGAAGAAGAACAAGUUUCUGCAGUUUGACCCUUGGAACAUUUCAGGUUACCACUGUGACUUUGGAACACAGAACUGCUAAGGACCACAUGUUUUCUUUUUCAGAAUGCAGGCAGCUGCUUUUUUCAUUCUUUCUGCCUUAAAGUACAUCUUCAGUGUGUCAUGUGCUGCAUGUGGCAAGACCAGGAGAACCUGUCCAUGUUGUCUUUGAGUGAACAGUUAUUAAAUCAAAUACACUUCAGUUUUCCAGGCUUGUAAAGCAGCACUCAACCCAGCUAUCUGAAGUGCAGUACUUGGUAAAUUUAUUCUUGCCAAAUUCUUUUUUUUUAAUUUUGGAAGUAUUAGAUGUUAGGCUCUAUGGUAAUUUUAAUUAAUUAUUUGCAUUGUAAUUUAAUCUCUUGUGAAUAAUUGGAAUAUGAGCAUAGUGUACAAAUAACUGGACUGGUUUGGGUUAGCAGUCCUUAAAUCAGGUAAUGCUACACAGGUAGUGGUGUAAUAAGAGCUGUAAAUUAUAUAUUGUGUUAUAAAUUAUGAAUUACUCCACAAAUGCGAUAUAACAUAUUCCAUUUCUCCUCAAUAUGUUUAUACUACAGUUAGUAAUUCCCAUUAAAUUAGCAUUAGUUCAAUUUCAAUCAAAGUCAUGUUGACACAUCUAAAAAUGACUGAUUUUAGUGACAUAAUUGGCUGGAUUUUAAGGGGUACCCGUGAGCGGGAAGGCAGGUGGAUGGACCCGUAAAAUAGGCUGCCGUGCCAUUGGCGGUUGCCUGCUGCCAGUCAGCUGCCCUGCCCAAUUUUAUGAAUAGCGGGAGAAGCAUCGGGCGAGCUGCCUGACUGUGGCUGCAUUGAAGCCCUUAAAUUGGCAAUUAAUGCACAGUUAAGGACCUCAACCAGCCACCGCUUAGAUUUAAUGGACAGCAAGAGAGGCCUGCAUGACAGGUUUGUCCCUGUGGGCUGCUGGCUAAUGAAAGAGGUGGGUUUUCUCCUUUCCGGAUCCCUAAUGGCAGUUGGAGUCUCCCUUCCAGUUUUUCUGUUUCGCAUCCAUCAUUACCCUGUGCCCUCCCCUGUCCAACAUGUUCCCCAUCCCCUCAUCUCCCUAGCUGGGGCCUGCCAACCUGAGAUCCUGAAUUUGCCUGGAGGUCCGGGUCUAUCACUUCCUUGACUAAGUUGCAGGACCUGCAGUGGCCACUGCACCUGGUGGCAUCGCUAGUAAUGCAGAGCUGCUGGCCUCCAAUUGGCCCGUCAGCGAAAAAAUAAAGCCGGGCAAGCUGUUCAACCGGAGGUGGGCUCACCCCCGACAUUUACAUUGAUAUUCAGGGAGCCCACCCUCAGCGUAUUGUCCAGCUCCAUAUGUUAAUUAUUCUUAUUGCUCACUGUGCCUUGUGCAGUCAUGGAGCAGAAUAUAUCAUAAGGUGGUAUAAAUUCAUGAAAAUGCUUCUCAAACACUGUGCACACACAUAUGACGGGUGUCUGUCUGGAUUAGGCAGCUGUUUUCCAUUAAGCCAAGGACGGGUGAAGAUGGCUUAUUUAUAUCUACAGAAGUGGCUUUUGAGGAAUUGAAUCAAAUCAAUGGUUCAUCAGUUCACUGUCAGAGCAACACUUCAGAUAUGCUGAUCAUUCAAAGUGCUUGUGUUGUGCGAUUGCUUAAAAAUCUAUUUAAAUAUACCAGUAUUUGCUUGGGCUCUUGAACUGUGCGGGAAUUUUUUUCUCAGUUGCUGAGUGUACAAUUUAACUCUGUUAAUUUUUAAUCACUGCAAAUUCAUUUUUGCAUUAGGUAACUAGUCCCAUCUUUUCUAUUGAAUGGUGGAUACAGAACCAUUCGCCCCCAGAAUUACUACUUUAAGGCACUCAAAAAUCUAGUAGAUUCUACUUAUUUGGUGGUCUAGUUAUUUGAAUGUGCAUAUUAUCAUAAAAAUGACUGGAAAAACUUUAUUUUUGUGAAGAGAAACCUCAGAAGUCUUUAUUUCUUGCAUUGGCUAGCAGUUGUUUAAUGACAUACUUGACUUUUUAAAAAUGAUUUCACUGUGGCAUUGUCUUCACCUUAUUUAGUGAGAAAAGUUUACAAGGUGAGCAAGUUCAAGUUAUUAUAUUUAAUUAUUUUUGCCAGAAUUAAUUUGUUUCCCGGAUUGUGAUUGGCCAUCAGUUUUGGUUAGGAAUCUUGGGAAUGGUUCCCUGUGCCUUUAGUUAAUAGUAGGGGCAACAAGGCUUUUGAAACCAAGUAGUAAAUUAAACAAGUACAGUAUUAUGAUCACCAGAAACUUCCUUAUUAAAGGACUAAAGGGGUUCCUGCCUCUGAAGUGUAAAUAAAUGGAGAUACAAAAAAGAUAAACUAUAUCCGGAUUAGUUUUCUUUAUAUUCAGAUUACAGUGUGGCUUGCAUCUGCUUGUCCUAAUCUGUGACUGUUUGAAAAUUUAGCUGAUCAUAUUGAUCAGUUUGUUCAACAAGAUUGUGUAGUAUUCAUAGUAGCAAAUCUUUUCAGUGCUUUAUUUAAAUCUAAUUUAAAACUCAUCAAGCUUAGGUGAUUGUUUGCAUUUUUUCACAAAGUCAUUUGUUAAUGGUAAUUUGGGCUUUAUUUUUAUAUAUAUAUAUAUAAAUAUAAAAAAAAACUGGAGUGCACUUCAUGGACUAUGUAUUAUCAAAUUGGGCGUUAGGCAUAUUGAAUAAGCUGCACAAUCAUUGUAAGCAUACCGGUAUUAGAGAAAUAUUCUGCACAUGUCGAUUCACAAAAAAAAGUCAUUGCAAAGUAUAACGUAAUCAACUAAUGUUUUUCUCAUACUUUUGAUACUACUUGUGACUUAUGUCUUUUAGAAAGACAGUGGUGUCUGUAUGCUUUUUUCGUACUUUUAUCAGUGUACAUAUUUGUUAUAUUUUUGUUGAACAAAUGUUAUAAAAUGUAUUGCUUAUUCCUUCAGAUUCCAUUGAAAUUAAGUUGUAAACCAAUAAAUAAGUGAUGUAU